AUGUUGUCGACUGGGGGGACAACCAAUGUCCGUCUUGGUCGAAGCGCCGGUAACACCAAUCAGUCGAGGUCGGGAGUUGCUGUUGGGAACAACACGGGCAGCCUGAAUCAGUCUAGUGGGGCCACGGCUAUUGGACAGAGUGCUGGUCACAACUCACAGGGUGCAGAUGCCUUAGCCGUAGGUAGCAACUCCGGCGAGACAGACCAGAGUAAAGGUGCCAUUGCGGUGGGUUCGGAUGCCGGGCGCGUCAACCAGGGUGUGGACGCUGUGGCUGUCGGUAGCUCUGCCGGUGAAGCUAACCAGGGGCCUAGUGCCGUGGCUAUUGGAAAGCUCGCGGGUAACUACUCGCAGGCCGCAAAAAGCAUUAUUAUCAACGCGAGUGGCAAUGUAUUGAACUCCAGCACAAACGGGCUGUUUGUGGACCCGAUCCGCAAUGUCGACAUGACGGACAACGUGUUGUACUACAACCCCAUAUUGAAAGAGAUUGUAUACGGGGCAGCUACGAUGCAGUCACCCACGUACAGUGGUGACACGUUCGUAGAAGAAGGGGUGCACCUGAACGACUUUUUAUCGUGGGACGGGACCAGGUGGGUGCCGAAUCGGAACUCGACGGGCCGCGUAGGCAUUUCGAGCGGUGCCGGUGAAACGAACCAGGGUCCGGGUGCAGUGGCCGUGGGCAACGAUGCCGGAAAUGCCGACCAAGGCAAGGAAACUCUAGCAGUUGGUAACAACACGGGCUCCGACGACCAGGGUGCAAACUCGGUUGCAGUAGGAAAUGGCGCUGCUAGUACUAGCCAGGGGGGUGCGGCGGUGGCGAUUGGACACGAGUCUGGGAUGGCAAACCAGGGCGAUGUGGCAGUGGCGGUGGGGACUGGGGCCGGGAAGAGUGGUCAAUCGGCGAGCGCCGUGGCGAUUGGAAACGAGUCUGGGAUGGCAAACCAGGGCGAUGUGGCAGUGGCGGUGGGGACUGGGGCCGGGAAGAGUGGUCAAUCGGCGAGCGCCGUGGCUAUCGGAGAAAUGGCCGGUCAGACAAACCAGGGCGCGAAGGUCGUCGCGAUAGGCACUGACGCUGGAAAAACCAACCAGGGUAGUUGCGCCGUGGCGAUUGGGAAAAAGGCCGGGGAACUGGACCAGGCGGACAACAGUAUUAUCCUGAAUGCCACAGGUGUGGCAGUUAACGCGAGCACCAGCGGAUUUUUUGUGGAUCCGAUCCGCAACGAGAACCGCACGGACAAAGUGCUAUAUUACAAUACAACACUGAAGGAAAUUGUGUACGGAAUACCCGUUGCUGCUGCGGAACCCAGUGAGCCGGUUCCGGACGGGGUGACCGUUUCCGGUUUCCUCGGGUGGGACGGAACGGGUUGGGUGACUGGAACAGUUGGCAUUGCGAUUGGAUCACUAUCUGGUGUGGGUCAGGAUACAGAUGCUAUUGCUAUAGGUUUCGGAACGGGCAGCGCUCAGAAAUUCAAUGCGAUUGCAAUCGGGAAUGGUACGGCUAGUACCGGCCAGCGACCCGUUGCGAUCGCUAUAGGGAGCGGAUCAGGUCUCUUAUACCAGAUGCCGUCUGCAAUAGGUAUCGGGAGGGACUCGUCGAAAUAUUUAUCUGGUUCCGGAUCGGUGGCAAUAGGUACAUCGGCAAUGCAGGGGGGCAGUAGUGAAUUAACUGGUGGUUUCGCCAGUAUAGCAUUGGGGUUUGCCGCAUGUAGCGAUGGGGUUCAAGAAUACUGUACAUCAUUGGGGGCUCAUUCCAUGUCGUCAAACGCAACAGACCGAACGGAUGUACUGGCAAUCGGAGUAUAUGCUUGUAAUUCUGUAUCGUCAAACAAUACGAUCGUACUCAACGGGACUGGUGCGGGGUUGGGAAACGCGGUACCCGAUUCGUUUGUGGUCAAACCGAUCCGGAAUGCGGCCGGCCCCAAUGAGCUGACAUAUAAUCCUGUGACGGGGGAGAUUACGUAUGCGACGUCAAGUCUGGAGACUAAGGAAAACAUUAAAGUAUUCGAUAGGGAAACUGGGGAUAUACUCGAGCAGUUGGUGGUCAAGGAAUUCAACUUUAAAAAUAAGAACAAGUAUAUCCACUAUGACCCGGUGGACCCCGCCACCAUUCUAACGGUUGCCGAGUGGGACGAAAUCGGGGACGAAGUUAUCGACAAGGGUGAGACGCAGUUUGGAUUUGUUGCGGAUGAGGUACAGGAAAUCAUACCAGAACUCGUAUACGCCGAUCCAAGCGGCGCGGCACAGAACAUUAAGUGGAACAGUGUGACGGCGAUGCUGGUAAAACAGAACCAGGCGCUCACAUCCAGAAUUGCAGCUCUCAGUGCCCGAUUCACGACCCUCUCAAAUUUAGGGUUUGGCAGUUAG